CAGCUGCCGCUCAGAGAGGUUGUGCCUGCCUGCCUGUCUGCCUGGCCAUUUGAACUGUUCCUGUCUCAGGUCUGUUGAACUGUCCUGUUUCAGGUCCAGCCUCCCUGGACGUUUGAACUGUUCCUGUUUCGGGUUGUGCCCGCCUGCCUGGCCGUUUGAACUGUUCCUGUCUCAGAUUUGAACUCCCAUUAUCCACCAGUAAGAUGGAUAAGACGGAUGACACCGAGAAUGAGCGCCAACGGGUGAUCCGUCGCCACUAUCGCGAAAAAAGGGAGUUACAAGCUCACAUCCAGUCUCUGAGAGCUUCCAUCCCAAAGAACGACAAGGGGAGACGAAAGCAGUUGCUCUCUGACAUUGCCCGCCUCGAGGCCGAGAUGGAGCAGAGGCACCAGCAGGAGCUAGAGAAAUUUGAAGAAAAUCCUGACAGCGAAGUGGAUUCGAUUACAGCCGACCUCAAAAAGAUGAAUCUGGAGAAUAUGCCUCCACGCCCAUCCAAGGGCCAGAAAAAGCGCGACCGAAGAUCUACCCAGGAGAGAAGGCACCAGGAGACUGUAUCUUUGGCCCAGGCCGAACAACUGGCCGCCUACCGUCGUGAGGAGGAGGAGAAGGUCGCUGCCAUUCUAGUGGCUAAAAACAUGGAGAUGAAGACCAUCCCAGCUGACGGCCACUGCAUGUACCGUGCCAUCCAGGACCAGCUGGUGUUCUCCACGACAAUCGAGAACCUUCGCUACCGCACUGCUGACUACAUGAGGAAACAUAUUGAUGACUUCUUACCUUUCUUCACCGAACCUGAGGCCGGCAACUUCUACACCCGGGAGGACUUCCUGAGGUAUUGUGAUGACAUCGUGCACAAGGCUUCCUGGGGAGGCCAGCUGGAGCUGAGAGCCCUAUCGCACGUCCUGCAGACCCCAAUCGAGGUGGUACAGGCCAACUCACCCAUCAUCGUCAUCGGGGAAGAGUACACCAGGAAGCCGCUCACGCUGGUCUAUCUGCACUAUGCCUGCAACUUCGGAGAGCACUACAAUUCAGUGAAGCCCAUCCAGGUGGCUGGAGCAGCUGGAGGAAUGGCGCCGCGCCUCUUCUAGAAGAUUCCAGCAGAUGCGAAGGAACUCUGUCCUAGGCGCCAUCUUUGUCACCUUGGCGGCCGCGGUUC